AUUCGUGGUCGGGUGCUACUGUGAUUCCAGUUGUUUUCACAUCGCCUCACCAACAAAGAGACCCGGAGCUGCUGUCUCUUACAUCUCCAAUGUGGUGAGUGAUGCGCAACUAACGACCAAAGCUCCUUCACGUCGAUAACUUAGAGAUAAAGAGCACAACUAUACCUUUGCACUCAAGAAGAUACAUUAGAGAGAUAGUUUGAAAAGUUCCAGACGGACUUGACUUAACGCAAAGAGGGAAAAUGGUGUCGGCCGGACUGGAGAUCUUGGGACUGUCGCUGUGCGUACUCGGCUCGCUCCUGGUGAUGGUUUCGUGUGGGCUGCCCAUGUGGAAGGUGACGGCUUUCAUCGAGGCCAACAUCGUGGUGGCUCAGACGAUCUGGGACGGCUUGUGGAUGUCGUGCGUGGUGCAGAGCACAGGACAGAUGCAGUGCAAGGUGCACGACUCCGUCCUCGCACUCAGCCACGACCUCCAGGCGGCCAGGGCGCUCACCAUCAUCUCCUCGGUGAUGGGCGUCCUGGGGCUCAUGGUGGUGAUCGCGGGGGCGCAGUGCACCAACUGCAUCCGCGCCGAGUACGUCAAAGCCCGGGUGGUGAACGCCGGAGGGGUCGUCUACAUCGUCAGCGGUCUGUUUGUGCUGGUGCCUCUCUGCUGGAUGGCCAACAGCAUCAUAUCCGACUUCUACAACCCGCAGGUGCCCCCGUCCAAGAAGAGGGAGAUCGGCGCCGCGCUCUACAUCGGCUGGGCGGCCACGGCGCUGCUGCUGGUCGGGGGAGGGAUGCUGUGCUGCUCCUGUCCCUCCAGCGGGAACUCCGGAUACUCUGUAAAAUACGCACCGACCAAGAGAGCCACGCCGAACGGGGAGUAUGACAAGAGGAAUUAUGUGUAGCGUACGUGGCUCGCGGAUGCGCGGUGCGUAAAAGUGACCUGUAGCUAUUUGAAAAAAAAGACUCUUCUUUUUGAUGGACUUAAUCUUUGCACCUGCAGUUGUUUUUGUGUGCGUGUCUUUUUUAGUUGUUGAAAUCUGAACUUUGAAAAUCAAUGGAGGCACACUGGCCCUUCAAAACGCACGGACCACAAACACGUUUUCUAUCUACAGAUGUUUUUUGUUAAAGACUAUCGACUACAAGAUAGACAACAAAAAGGAGUAUCUUUGUUAGGUACCUGCUUUUGUAUGUCGUUGAAAUAAUUCAUGCUUUGACUUGUGUACCGCUGUAACUGCAACGCGUUUUUAUUUUCUUAGAGGAGCUCUUGCCAUCGAAUAUAAACACUUGUUUUGCCUUGAUGUGCAUUGUCAGCACAAACUUUACAGUAACCGAAAAUGAUUGCACUCCCACACAUUCAAAGACCCAUUUCCUCUAGUGGAACUAUAGCGCCGACAUGUUGAGCACUCCAACAAUGUCUAUAGCAGUAAAGAGCGAGGAGGAAAAGUGCGCACCAAUAAAUCUGGGCCAGGCUUUUUUUGUGUUGCUUCAGAACUUGAUGACGGUGACUGUGAACAUUUCUGCAGUCUAUAAUUGUGGAGCUGUAAACUGUGUGGGAUCACAUGUUAUUGCAGUCCGCUAUCCGGCUGCACUGAGCACCUGCGACGUUUCUUUGUGUGCUUGUGUUUUUUUUGUUUUGCAACACUGUCACUGCAGGAAGUUUCUUUUUCAUAAAUACUCCGAACAAACUUCUGGUUUUCUGUUUUUGUUUGUUGUCCUUUGAUGUAACGAUUCAUCAUUCGUGUAUACGCGCAGAUGCACGAAUAUUGCAUAAUGUGUCAUUUUAUUAAGAUUAAACUGAAUAUAUUGU